AGUAUUUGUAUAUUCUGAAGGUCAUUAUAAAAUAGUUUACUUCUCGGAGCAAAAUUUGAUGAUGGCGGACGAAACCAAGAUUAUUUAUCAUAUAGAUGACGAAGAAACACCGUAUUUAGUGAAAAUAUCGAAAGGACCAAGCGAUGUUACACUUGGUGAUUUCAAGAACAUUCUUAACCGUCCUAGUUAUAAGUUUUUCUUCAAAUCUAUGGACGAUGACUUUGGAGUUGUAAAGGAAGAGAUAAAAGAUGAUGAAUCAGGUUUGCCUUGUGUAAAUGGACGUGUAGUUGCUUGGCUUGUAACGUCGUCAGAAGGAAGUGCUAGCGAUGUCGGACGUACUGUCUCGGAAUCAGGCUCGGAACAGCACGAUCAACAGUCAGUUCUUUCGGAUCCAGAUUCGACAGGUGUUCCACGAACAAGAGGCCCUGCAUCCGGGGAUUCUAGACCUCCUUCAUUUCAUGGCCGUACGGGAUUAAAGUCUGUUAAAGAUACAGAUAAUUCUGAUCUUGAAUCCAUCUGUUCUCGUCAAUCUAGUCGACAUAGAUCUAGACCCCAUCGUUCGAGCAGUCAGCGGUAUAAAGCUCCAGUGGACGACAGUUGCGAGGAAUCGUCCAUAUUCAGUAGUGACUUGGAUACGACUAGUGUUGCCGAAUCAGAGGACGAUCGUAAGAGCAGGAUAUCCAGCAUCACAGAUGGGUCUAGUGUGUACCAAGGAAGACACAGACGUCGUAGGAGACGUCCACGAAUGCCACACGUUCAACGGUGCACUUCGUUCAGUACAAUUACAGAAUCAACCAUGUCCUUGAAUAUAAUCACUGUCACCUUAAACAUGGAUAAAGCCAAUUUCUUGGGUAUAAGUAUUGUUGGACAGAGUGGUAGCCGUGGUGAUGGUGGCAUUCAUGUUGGCUCCGUAAUGAAGGGCGGUGCUGUUGCUCUCGAUGGUCGUAUUGAACCUGGGGAUAUGUUACUACAAGUAAAUGAUGUGGAUUUUCAAAAUAUGAGCAACGACGAUGCUGUCAGAGUUCUUCGUGAAAUGGUCCAUAAACCUGGACCAAUCACAUUAACCGUUGCUAAAUGUUGGGAUCCUUCUCCGCAAGGAUAUUUUACACUCCCACAAAGUGAGCCAGUUCGUCCUAUCAACACGGAAGCCUGGGUACAACAGUUGGCUGCAAUGCGAGAAUUCCAUGCGAAAGAGAUGGUGAAUCAAUCUUUGGGAACCAUGACGUCCACCAGCUCGUCUUUGACAAGCUCCUUACCAGAAUCUGAUAGAUUUACAGAAGAAAACUUUUCACAGCUUCAUGUUAACAGUGACAUGAGUCUCAUUGCAAAAGCUCUAGCAAGUCCAGACUCGGGUCUUGAUGUCAGAGAUAGAAUGUGGUUGAAAAUUACUAUUCCAAGUGCGUUCAUUGGCUCUGAUCUUGUCGAUUGGCUCUUUACUCGUAUCCAAGGAUUCACGGAUAGAAGGGAAGCCAGAAAAUAUGCAUCCAAUUUACUUAAGGCUGGUUAUAUUCGCCAUACUGUGAACAAGAUCACUUUCUCUGAACAAUGUUAUUAUGUAUUUGGUGAUUUAUGCGAUAAAAUGGGAAGCAUCUCGCUGAAGGAGCACGAUGGCAGCGAUCAAGACACCCUAGCUCCUCUACCUCAACCUGCAAAUUGGGCGAGUAGCGUACCUCCCCAGUAUUCUGCAGGCUGGCGUCCCCCUUAUCCGAUGCCUCAGACAUUCCCUGAUCUUCAUCCUUACAACCCGGCUGCUUUCACGGCCCCAUCACAGACUGGUAGCGGUAGCCCACGAAGUAUAAGCAGUGGCUCGCAGAAAAGCCGUGAAAAGGACGUGGAUGCGCAAUCUCGAAGCAGUGGCGGAAGUAGUACGAGCGGAAGCAGUAAGGGGGAUAGAAUCUCUGUGAAAGAACGUCCAGCUGUUACCCCAAAUGUCCGUGAUUUUGGACGUUUAGAUCAAGUUCCAGAUCAUAUUGCUGCCAGUAGAAGUAGUUUCCAAAUUGCAUUGUCUAAUCCAUGUGAACUUUUUGUUGAUGUAAUGUAGAACUUUAAGUAAAACAAGUUAGUUACUGUUGAUCAGUGUAACAACAAUUAUGCUGGCUUUGUGCUUUUUUAAGCAGUAUAUAUGUAUCGUGUGCGAUGUAGAUAAAAAAUUGAACACAUUCACGUUAUUAGUUAUGUUAUAGAACGUUAUACGAAGUUAUCAUGGCCAGCCAUGGUGUCAUUGUAUUGUGAAGUUCUGAAGAAAAAACAGGUUGCAAUAUCAAGGCUCCUGUACUCUUAUCUUUUAAUGUAGUAGAUCUUACUAAAGAGAGUAGGAUGAAAUACAAGGCACCUGUUGUCUCAUUUUUUGAUGAAAUGGGCCUUACAGCUUGCUAAUUCAUAGGGAAGCACUUUGUGGCUACGACUAACUUAUGUAGAGUGGAUGUUAAACUAAAAUCUAUGGUCGUAGAUGUAAAUAGACAAAAGACAACUUAAUGUUGUAAAUUUUUGUGAUCUUUCUCAAUAUUCUUGGCUGCUUUUUUCUUCCUAUUGUUAUAUUUGUUACUAUAAAAAGUAAUUCUCAAAA